AUGACAGUGAAGGAGGUCAUGAAAAAUAAAAAAUAUGAACUUGUACCGCCAGACGGAGGAUGGGGUUACGUAAUUUGGAUAUCUGUCAUUAUAAACGGUAUAGCGACAGCAUCGUUUUUAGGAAGUUUUGGAAUAAUAUUCAAUGAACUUUUCAUCCAAUUAAAAAUGGGAUCGACUAGUAUUACUUUAUUAAAUGGAAUAAACGCCAUGUGCGUAGCUCUCUCUGGGUUCAUGACGGGCCCGCUGCUGAAAUUUUUGAGUACGCGGCAAUUGGGUAUGGUUGCCGCGUUUUUUAUAAACCUCGGUACUUUUGGUACCGUUUUUGUAAAUUCCAAAUUACUUUUCUUCGUCUGUCAAGGACUUUUACAGAACAUCGGCAUUGGAUUUUUACUUAAUAUUACGUAUUCAGUAAUAAAUGAAUAUUUUGUAAAGCGCCGAUUGCUCUCAUUAAGUGUUACACAAACCAUUCCAGCUAUUAUAGCGUUAUUUUCUCCACAAUUAGUGAACAUGGUUAUAAAUUAUUAUGGAUUUCGAGGUGCAUUUAUUCUAUUAUCCGCCAUCAAUAUGCACACAUUUGUAGCUGUUUGUCUCAUGCAACCAGUCGCGUGGCAUAUGAAGAAAAUUGAAAUACCAAACGUUGAAAGUUCUGAAAUGAAAUUACUUUUAGUCCAAGAUAAAACAGAUCAACACAUUCCAUGUGUUAAACUAUCUGACAAAGAGAAAGAAGUAGAACAAAACAUAGAUAAGAAGGGAGAAAAAGAUUUGGAACUAGAUGUGGCAACAGAAAAAAGUAAAAGUAUUAGAGGCAUCAUUUUGGAAGCAAUAGAUUUGAAACUAAUGAAGACAUUUAUACUAUCAAACGCCGGUUUAGGUUUGGCGAUAUGUGGAUUUGCUGAUUUGACUUUUACAUUAAUGCUUCCUCAAACAUUAUACGCAAUGAAUUGGACAGAAGAUGAAGUAGCUCGGGCUGUGUCUUUAAAUUGUUUUGGAGAUCUAGUUACUAGAAUUUUAUUUAUAAUCGGUAGCUCCUGGUUGGUUCGUUUUGAGAGUCAACAAAUUUAUCUUGUUGGUUUAUUUUUGGCUGUGACCACGAGAUUAGGAAUGCUAGGAUUUGAAAAUGUCACAACAAUUUUGACAUUCCUUACGAUAAUGGGUGUGUCAAAGUGCACCAUAAUAAUGCUGAUUCCACAAGUUAUAGCAGAGGCAGUGAAACCCGAGCAGUUUACGUCCGCUAUGGGCAUCUUUAUGUUAUCUUUUGGUUUUAUUAAUUUAUCAUUUGGACCAAUAAUCGGCGCUGUUCGCGAUUUGACGGACAGCUAUCCGACUGCGAUUUACAUUAUAACUUCAUGUUUCGGAAUUGUUAUUAUGUUUUGGAUCGUCGAAAUGGUUUACAAAAAGAACAAACAUAAAAGGAAGCCAAACACUCAAAUCUCUAAAAAAGGAUUGUCUUAAUCAAAAGGACCCCACACAUGUGGUCUUUACGUUAAUUAUUAAAUACGUUGUAAAAGUCUGUGAGAAAAUAUGAUUAUUUAUAUAGAGAAACUGAUUGCCGUUUACCAAUUUGCCAACUGUGGUAUCAUCUUCAGAACGCUAUCAUUUUCAAGUCUAAGUUUGUGAUUAUUCUUCUAUGUUAUCUUAAGACGAAUUUCAAAAACACAUAAACAAAAACCCCUUACAUUUGUUUUAAUAAAAACAGUAAUAAUAAUGUUUUAGUACACGUUUUAAAUCAUUGGAUACUCAAAGUAAUGAAGUAUUCACAGUAAUAUAGUGCAUGCUAGUAAUUUCUGUACAUGUAUUAUAAGACGAGUUGGAUAUCAAGAGAAUAACGUGCCCACUUACGUUAAGUAUUAGAAUUUUGUAUAAAACAAUCUGUUUACACUGUUGAAAUACUUGUAUAGAAACAUAUUUUAACCCCUCAUACGGUUUUACAAUGCUAUAAGUAUCCAACAGAUACAUUAACUGACACAUAAUAGUUUCGAUAAAAAUAGUUUGUGUUAUUAUUUGGAAAUUGUGAUUUUAUUUGACAAAUAAGUUUCAAGUUACUUCAGGACUAAUAUGGACAUUGUGAAAGUAAAUUGGCCCUUAGUCUAUUAAUAAACAAAGGCUAUGCAAUUUAAAUAUAAAAAAAAUUUCGGCAAUGAAGUUCUACGUCAAUGUUAUCGUACUCAAGUUCCUUGGAUUUGUACCUUUCUAUAAUCAUUUUAUUAACUGUUUAAAACAUAGAAGAUUAAGCUAAAGAGUUUUGGCUAUCUAAUAGACAUAGUUUCGUAAUUAAUCUGCUACUUUCUUCUUAUGUGAGUAAGUUGUGAUAUCCAGUUGAAUAUCUCAUUAUUUUAAGAUGUAAAAUAACAUAGUUUUAAAAAAAAAUCAAAGGUAUUUUCAUUUGUUUUUUUACCAACUAAACAUAAUUGUCGACGUAAAGAUGUGGUUGAACCUCAACGCAAUUGCACAUAAACCUAAUAAAGACGGAAAUAAUAUAAAAAGCUAAAUUAAUUAUGAAUAUUCAACUGUUUGUAAUCUGAUAUUCGGGGUCGAUAGAGUUUCCUUAAUCGCUUAUAUAUUCAAUUAAAUAUAUUUAUCAAAUAAUGCACAUGGACGCAUGAAAUCGGAUAGAAGGAAAAUUUACAUAUCAACUUUAAUGUCAUGUAAUUUGAUAGCUAUAUCCACAGAUUAUAAAGAUUCGUCGCUAAAAUAUAACCGAUUAAUAAUAUAAUCAUUAAAAGCCACUUAAAAAGUAACAAAACACUAUUAAUAAGUUUAAGAGGAUAUAAAAUAAUUUACCAUACAUUAAUUAGAUAUGAACUACACAAUAAUCCAAAAUAUUAUAAUUGUAAUACGUGAAUGUUAAAUGAAACUUUGUAACCCUGUUUAAGGAAAUUGCGAGAGCAAAUUAACGUGAAAUUUACCACAGUUAAAGUAAAUAUAGAAAAGAAAUUCACGAGGCUAUUCUGGGCAUUUCUUCGUAUGUUGUUUACUAUAGUCGUAUUUACCAAUGGAUUUUAUUUAA